AUGGCGGCCAAUACUCUCUUCCAAGAAUACCCUGCGAGAGAAUUCGGCACCAACGAUGAUGUCUUUAACUACCCUCUGGGCGACCUGGACCUUAGUCCGGAGGACUGCGACUUGAUUGCCAGGAUGAACGGGUUCGACACGGACCCGGCUUCUGGAUUCUCUUCGGAGCCUUGGUUCUCCGAUUUUGUCAACUACGAUGCCCCUGACGACCCCCUGCCGGGUGCGUUGGACAACCUGGGGGCAUUCCCCGAUGCGGGUCCCAUGGACGACAUGGGCAUGGUUCCGAACGGCGGGUUCUUCGAUCCCUCUUUCGACUGCAGCAUCAACAAUGGCCAGUUCCAAGACAUGGUGUUGUACGACCAACCUUACGACUUGACGACUACCAUUCGACAAGCGGUGGAAGCUCAAGCAGCGGUUGACACCAGCUGCUCGUCCCAAAAGGAGAAGCGCAUGGACGCAUCUAUUGCUUUUCACAUGCAGCGCCUUCAGGAGUCCCCGCUCACCGAUCCUUAUACGAGCCCCGAGUUCUCGCCCCCGUCGUCGUACAUGGCCCAAGGCAGUGCAUCUCCAACUUCAACGGGAGCAAGCCAAACGCCCGCCUCUGCUACAACAGAUGGCGUGUCAACACCCGACCAGCCAGGUGGUGUUGAGUUGGUGCUUGACUUGAACAUGAAUACAACGACGAAUCUCCCAAAGAAGCACAAGCCUCGGUCACAAUCCCAGAAAGACAACUACAUGAAGGUUCGAAAGCAUGGUGCUUGUGAGAAGCACCGAAAGCAGCACAAAAGGUGCAACUGCCUUGAGAAGAAGGCCAGCCUUGUCAACGUACACGAAGGCACGAUAAUUCAGCCACCCAAGCACGCACCAUUGCAACCAUUCGCUCCUCUGUCGAGGCAGUCAUCGCUACCAUCGAGAAGUACGCUCAGGGAUACGGCACACGAUACGCUUCUAGAUCCGGCGCACAGCCCAACACACGUCCCACGACCACGACCGUCGAUUCAACCCAUGUCCAGGAACGAUACGGACAUACAAUCACACAGCUCUACGCCAAGGUGUCCCAGAUCGGAGAUUCUCUGGUCACUACACGGUCGACCGUCGUUGGGCCAUACAGCUCAGCAUUCUGUGUCUGUUAACGAUAGGCGAGCCAAUCUUCCAACUGGACUGCAGAUCCAGCUUGCAAGCAACUCGCGUAUUGUCAAUACGGAUACGCAGCAACUUGGCAACAAUGCAAUUUCGAGACGUCCACAGUCUCGCUCGAUUCUGCAGAAUCAAGAUACUGCUCAGUCCACGUGCCAUACAUACACUAAAGGCAGUCGGACUGAACACAUCCACCAAAGACAGAACCACGAAAGAAUACAAUCGACUGGAACCAGACCUGGUAUGCUACCAGCUCGCCCUCCAGUCACUGCCAACGCAUCGGUUACGAAGAUAUUUGGAAGCAAUGCACGGAAUCGCACGCUUCCCGAGUAUGCUGGGCAGGUACAGAGAACGCUCGCAACAAAGUACUACUCACUCUGGCGAACACCAUCUGCAAUUACAUCUGGUACGCUUCCAUCUGGAAGCAAUGGAAAGAAUCGCACACCCGAAUGUGGUGAAAGAAAGGUACAGAGAACGCUGGCGUCAGCGCGCUCAUUCUCACCUGCAAUCACGACUGGGAGAGUUUUACCUGGAAGCAAUGGAAGAAUUCGCACAACUCGCGAAUAUGUUGGACAAAGAACGCUGGCAUCAGUGCAGCAGCAAGCACCUGCAAGAAGUCCACCUGGAAGCAAUGCACAGCGCAUACUUCCCGAAUAUGCUGGGCGCGUUAUACAGAGAACACUGGCUUCGGUGUAUUCACUCUGGCAAGCACCUUCUGCACUUACGUCCCUUCUUGGGUCGUCCUUUUGCAAGGCUAUGUUUGGUUGUCUCAAACAGUAUUGGUCAGCUCGGAAGAGCCUUGGGAUAUGUGGUUCAUCUGGAAUCGUUUGA